AUGAGGAAAGAACUCUUCAAUAAAACAGCUUUAGAGAAUAACUCAUAGGAUCCUUUGUCUCAGUCUAAUUCCAGACAGCUAAAGAUUAUAAAUACUAAUAACAGAAGGAAAAAAAUCUCUAAACCUUCUAAACCUGGUGUCAAACGGAGAGGAUUACGAAAAGAUCUUAGUCUUAUUCUUGACGAAGAAGAAGGUAAUACUUAAAAUAAAAAUACUCGAUGCAAGAAUAAAGGAAGUCCUGAGAUUAAUAGUCCAUCAAUAAAUGAAGAAGAUGAAGAUGAACUAGAUAGCAGUAAUUCUGGUGAGAGGGGAGAAGAUUACUAGUUUACAGAUGAUAAUCACAUGCUAGACUAGCAGUGA